UAUUUUACAUGUUUAGUAGAUGCUAACGUACAUAUGUGUGUAAUUAUUAAACGUUUUUUUUAUAAGUAUUAUUUUCUUCUAUUUGGCAUAUGUAACUCAUAUUUUCGUUAUAAUUUUAUUUAAGUAUACAUGUUUUUACAAAAAAAAAUUAAAACUUAUGAAAUCAAUUUGAAUAUUUAAAAAUAUAAUGUGUCCCAAAUAAAUUAUAAAGUGAUUGUUCAAGCGAGACACAAAUGAUUUUUUUAAGCGAGUUGAUGUUUUGUUCGUGUAGGUAAAUAUAUUUUGCAAAAUCAAUUUUUACCGCGCGGUAUAUUUUUAUUAAAUUAUCAGUUUUUUAGCAUAAUAUCGUACUUAAAUAUUUUUUGUGUAAACCAAGUCUUCCAAUAAUGUGUACUUAAAAUAAUGAAUUAAAAUACUUAAAUUAGAAAUACCGAACUAAAGUCUUCCAUAAAAAAGCAAAAAACAAAUGUAUUAUAGAAUUUAGUUAAAUUAAUUAUACCGAUUUAAAAUUUUUAUAAUCAAAAUGUAUGGUAAACCGAAAAAUUCGAUGAAAAAAAAAAAAAGCCAAAUUUUUUUUGAGCAUGAUGAUCGAUUUAAAAAAACUAAACCAAAAAUGAAAAAUAAAAACUUCAUAUGUAAUAUGAAAAAAUAUAAAUAUAUGAAUCAGAGAAAUAAAAAAAUCACCAAGGAUAGAGUUUUGAACUAUGGAAAGCAAAAUAUAAUUAUGUGUUAUUGCAAUUGUUCGAUUUCACAACUACAAACAAAUACGUCAUAUUGUUGUGCCACUAACACACAUCAAAAAAAUUGUGGAUUUGAAAUACCCGUGAAUUGGAAAUUUUUUCAAAGUAGAUGUCAGUGCAGAUUUUGUGAAAUUAAUUUUUUCAAAAAUUUCAAAAGUAAUUUCAGGUCGCAGUCGCCGUUGGAAAUUGAAAAACAAUACCAACAAGAAAGUUAUUCUACAAAACGAACUUCCAGAGUAACAGAAAUGUUUACACCACCAUCACCAGUACACUCAAGCAGGAAAAAACCACUUGAACUGGAAAAGAAACAUACUAAACUACGUUCAAAUUCGCAUUUAGACUCUACAGACAAGCAAACUUUUGCAGAUAUUAUAGAAGAAAAAGUGACAGAUUCAAUUCUUAGUAAAAAAAACAAAAAGAAAAAGAAAAAAAGGCAUAAGAAAAGGAAAUAUAGAAGUUCAAAAUUUGAUAAAUCGGAAGAAAAUGGUAAAAGGAAAAAAUUUCGUAAAGGCAAGAAAAGUAAAAAAAACAUUGACUCCGCAGAUGAAUUUUGCCCUUCAAAGAGUUCUUAUAUUUUGGCAAAUUUUAGAAGUUCACCUUCAAAAAAAGUUUUAGAAAAUAUUAAAGAGGACGGAUGCAGAAAAUCAAAAGAGCUUUCCGUUACAAAUAAGAAAAAAAAGGAUUAUGAAAAAUAUAUUAGCUCGCCGGAUGAUAGAUGUGAUGGAAAAUUAACUCCAGUGCUUUUGAAUAACAUAAAGGUCGACGAGAAACCAAACAUUGGAUUGAACACGCAGCCCUACAAGUUGUCAAGAUCACCAUCAUCACAAAGAUCCCCUAUUUUAAGUGUAAAUUGUAUAAAUUCUGAAUCUAAAACCAAUAUUUCAUUUCAAACUUCUUUAAAUGAGGUUAAAUAUUUUGGUAAACACCAAAAAUUUGAAAAUAAAACUAUAAAUUCCACUGAGAUAAAAGCACUAUGUAAUUCGCGUAAAAAUUAUAAAACUUGUAGUGUUUCUGCUCCUGACAAUUUAAAUAUGCGAGUUUCAACAAGUUUUAAUGACGAAAAUGCGUUUAAUGAGUUCCAAACAAUUGGCAGAAGCCAAUAUAAUAAAAUGAACAAUAUCGCUUGCUUAGAGUUUUACGAAGAAAAAGAAAAAAAAUCAAAUUCUUUAAAUUUAUAUAACAAUGAUGUCAAUUGCAAAAGCCAAAAACAUUUGCAUUCUACGAAGGUAGCAACAACGUCAUUAGAAGGGAUCAAGAGCGCAAAAUAUAAUGGAAACGACAGACGCUAUGAUAAUUACAAUGAAAACACAAUUAGUGGAAAAGAUUUAGAUUCUUAUGUUAAUGCAAUAAUGGUAGACGAAUAUAAAGAGAAGAAAUUGAAUGAUUUUGAACUUUUAAAUGAAUUAAAAAAUAAUAUUGCCAUAAAAGCAAGAGAAAAAAUUAAAAGUAUUGAAAAAGUGUCAAACAAAACUUUUUUUACUGUACCAAGUGUUAAUAAAUUCAUAUCUGGAAUUUCAUCUUCGCCUGAAUCUAGAAAAGGCUAUUACUCCAAUUUAUCAACAUUUCACAUGAAAGAAGCUAAGAAUUCUGGAGAGCUUUUCCAAUCCAAUUCGCAAACUGUUGACGAAAACAUAAAAGUAUCUGAUAAACUACAAGCAGGUGAACCAACAACAACUGAGUUAAGAGAACUAAAUGAUUCUAAUAAAGAGAAAUUAUUAGAUGUUAAUGUUAAACCUUCGUCAUCUUACAGUCGUUCAAAAUCUAGGUAUUCCACAGAGAGUAGUGCUAACAGUUCACGAUCCAACUAUUCAUAUUCUUCUGGCCGUACCUCUCAUAGUUACAGUCGCAGUUCAUCACGAUGUUCCAGCAGUUUAUCUCGGUCAAGAAGUCGUAGUAGAAAUCACUCAAGAUCACCUUCAAUUCCACGUCGGCGCGGUUCACCUAGUUUUUUGGAAAGAAGAAGAAUAACAAGUGCGAGAAAACGUCCAGUACCAUAUAAUCGAGUUGGACGGUCAUCAGUUAGUCAGACUGGACAAGCAGUGUGCAAUAUUUAUACAACGAUUUUGAAGAGAACCCUAUCAUCUGAUUAAGGACAACAUACCUGUACAAGGAAUUCUUAUGACGUUAGUAAAAAAACCAAAGUCGUUGCUGUUUCUGUUCUACACAUUUCAUAAUAUUGCAAUAAUUAUUUAUUCAUACAAAAAUAAAAAGUUGUUUAAUAACAAUUGAACUUGUAUUUGAAAUAAACUUAGAUCAUGUGAUCUUUAUUUGUAACUAAA